CGAAGCACUGAAACAGCGGUUACUGGCUGUUUAUGAGGAAUCGAAAAACCGCCAGCUUCAAAAAUUAAUUGGUGAGAUGGAGCUAGGUGAACAAAAGCCCUCGCAACUGCUGCGAAGGAUGAAGGAGCUCGCCAAGGACAAAAUCCCUGAUGACACGUUACGGAUUCUGUGGCAAGGACAUCUGCCCAACGCUGUACGAGCUGUUCUCGCGGUUUCGGAUACCAAAUCCCUCGACAGUUUAGCUGCCAUCGCAGACAACGUUUUGGAGUCUACACAAAGCGUCAGUAGCGUCAAUGAAGUGACACAAAAGCAGCACCAGCCUUCUACGAGUGCAACUAACAAGGAUACGGAGCUCAUAAUGGCAGAAAUCGCCAAACUAACAUUCAAAGUGGCCAACUUGGAGAGAUCCAGACCAGCACGGCGAUGGAACUACCGUGGACGUUCACGUUCUCAGAGUCGUAACCGAGCACACUCAGCAUCUCGACGAAGUCCAAACAGUCCAGGCUGGCUUUGCUUUUACCAUCAUCGUUUCCGGGACAACGCACGGAACUGUAAGGAGCCCUGCGCGUGGAAGGUCAAGGAAAACUAAACAAGGUGCAGCCUGCGGCGGAAGUCUGCACCAUCCAACCCUGUAAUCGCCUACGCAUCACCGACAUAAAUAGUGGUUUAAAGUUUUUAAUUGACACUGGUGCGAAUAUCUCUGUUUUGCCAAUAGGUAAACGAUAUCAAACAAGUAAGUGUAGUGAUUAUAAAUUAUUCGCAGCAAAUGGUACUGAAAUAAAAACCUACGGUACUAAAUCCUUAGUUCUAAAUUUAAAGUUAAGGCGACCAUAUCGGUGGGAUUUCGUGAUUGCUGACGUGAAACAACCAAUUUUAGGAGCAGAUUUUUUAAGUUAUUAUAAGUUACUAGUUGAUGUCAGCUCACGAAAACUCAUUGAUCAAAUUAC